UCCCAGCAGUCUUAGCCCCACAGUGCCGUAAACGACACGCCUAGUCGCAAAGCUGAACGGUGACGUUUGCAAAUCUGAUGUUUGUGCUUUGUGGCUGUUUGCAGGAAACGCCACAUUCUCAAACAACAAAACACAAGGUUUAUUCAGAAGAAAUGUCGACGUUAGGAUAUUAAAAAGAAAAUCCGGGACGCUUGACGCGGAUUCACGCUUACUGGCUUCAAACCUGCUACCUGGAGGCCUGUUGUGAGAGGAAAUCCCCGGACUGAACUGCGACUCCAGGCCGGUCUGAGAGGACAUGCCACCGGAGAGAAAGCUGUUCAUAGCUCGCCUUUCUUCGCGUGUUUUACCCCUAAAACAAACGGCUUGCCAUUUCCGAAGCGUUUACAACUGAGGACUCGAAUCCGGCAGGAUGAACCGUUACCUGCCAGUGGCACGGCAGCACUUUUUGAGUGCACUCGCAAGCACGAGCGUGGUGGUCAAGUCCAUAUGUGCCACAGUGAUCCUGAUGUACCUGCUCUCCUGGGCUGCUAACACCCCUUACCUGCUUGGCGUCACACCUGGCUUCCUUUUCCCACCAAACUUCUGGAUUUGGACGCUUCUGACCCAUGCAGUGGUGGAGCAACACAUUCUCGGCGUGGCGGUGAACAUUGCUACUGUGAUGGUUGCUGGACGGCUUUUGGAGCCAUUAUGGGGAGCGCUGGAGCUGCUGAUCUUCUUCGCUGUGGUAAACGUAGCAGCCGGUCUCCUGUCUGGACUCUCUUAUCUUCUCACCUACGCUGCCACCUUUGACCUGGACUACCUGUUUGCUGUGCGGGUGUAUGGUGCACCCGCUUUUCUGGGGGGCAUUCUUGUAGCACUGAAGCAGACUGCGGGAGACACAACAGUGCUUCGAGUUCCUCAAGUACGUUUGAAAGCCGCCCCGGCGCUAGCUUUACUAGCAAUAGCCGUCCUGCGGCUUGCAGGACUGCUGGACACUUCAGCUCCACUAGCAGCAUGCGGGUACGGCACUCUGUCCGGGUGGGUUUACCUGCGCUUCUACCAGAGGCACUCUAGGGGGCGUGGAGACAUGUCAGACCACUUUGCCUUCGCCUCCUUCUUCCCAGAGGCACUCCAGCCGGCUGUUGGCUUUGCAGCUGGGCUUGUGCACGCUGCCCUUGUGAAGAUAAAAGUUUGUCGUAAGAUGGUGAAGCGAUAUGAUGUCGGGGCUCCAUCCUCCAUCACCAUCAGCCUACCAGGCACAGACCCACAAGAUGCAGAAAGGCGGAGGCAACUUGCUUUGAAAGCUUUGAAUGAGCGUCUGAAGCGUGUGGAAGACCAGUCGGCUUGGCCCAGCAUGGAAGACGAUGAGGAGGAGGAUGAAGAUGAGGAGGUGCGAACAGACACUCCUCUCCUUUCAAGCCGAGAGACUUUGCCACCAGCACCCAGCACCACACAAAAUCCUACGGGACAACAGGAGUCCAGCAUCAUAAGUUUUGAAGAUGCUCCGAUCCAUUCCUAACACGAAAAGACACGCACACAAUCCUUGUUUUUGUCCUGCAGAGUUCAGUUUAUCCUUACAAUCACAAACGCUACUGGAGACAUCUCGCACAAACACACACGCAUUAUCUUGGUAAUGUUUUACAUAGUUGCCACUAAAUGAACACAUUACCUAAACUAAAUGACAAAGACAUCCAUACUCAGUUUUUCAGCUGUA